GUCACUGUCAUCUAGACUACUGUCAUUAGUGUCACUCUAUCCGUGUCUGUCAAAGUACCAAAAUGGCGUCGGUCCUGAAAUUUUCGAAAUCUUUCUCAAAUUUGAGAAAAUUUGACAAUAUAAUAAAGACCUCCAGUAACAAAAUAAGAGGCGCAGCUACUAAAGCUGAAGCUAAAACUGUCGUUCUUAAUGUUCCACCUACCAGAGUUACUACUUUAUCAAAUGGAUUAAGAGUUGCAAGUGAAGAUUGGGGCUCCCAAACCGCCACCGUGGGUAUCUGGAUAGAUGCUGGAAGUAGAUAUGAAGAUGAUAGCAACAAUGGAGUUGCUCAUUUCAUGGAACACAUGGCUUUUAAGGGCACUAGUAAAAGAACUCAAGGCCAAUUGGAAAUUGAAAUCGAAGAUUUAGGUGCGCAACUUAACGCUUACACCAGCAGAGAACAAACCGUAUACUACUCCAAAUGUUUGGCUAAAGAUGUACCGAAAGCCAUCGAAAUAUUGGCUGACAUCAUUCAAAAUGCCAAACUUGGAGAAUCGGAGAUUGAACGCGAACGUGGGGUAAUUUUAAGAGAGAUGCAAGAAGUUGAGUCUAACUUGCAAGAGGUUGUAUUUGAUCAUCUACAUUCCACUGCUUAUCAAGGAACCCCGUUGGCUAACACAAUUUUGGGGCCUACUGCUAAUAUAAGAUCGAUCAAUGCGAAGGACCUUAGGAGCUAUCUUGACAACCAUUAUAAAGCAUCUAGGGUUGUUGUGGCAGGUGCUGGAGGUAUCAAUCAUGAUGAAUUGGUGAAACUGACUGAACAAGCACUUGGUUCACUAAACAACAACUAUCCCGGAAAAGUUCCCGAAAUCGCACCAUGUCGUUUCACCGGCUCAGAAAUCCGAAUUAGAGACGAUUCUCUCCCUCUAGCUCACGUCGCUUUAGCCGUUGAAGGUGCAGGAUGGACCGAUCCGGAUACUUUGACUUUGAUGGUCGCCUCGACCCUUUUGGGAGCUUGGGACAGAUCGCAAGCUUCGGCUAAGCAAAACGCCACCAAUUUAGCCAGAGCCAGCGGCGAAGGGGACUUGUGUCAUUCGUAUCAAAGUUUUAAUACUUGUUACAAGGAUACUGGAUUAUGGGGUGUGUAUUUCGUAUCAGAUCCUCUGAAACUUGAUGAUAUGGUGUUCAAUAUCCAACAGGAAUUCAUGAGAUUGUGCACGAGUGUAACAGAAGCUGAAGUAGAACGUGCUAAGGCUCUUUUAACAGCCAAUACCCUCUUGCAACUCGAUACAACCAGCGCUGUAUGUGAAGAUAUUGGUGAGUGUAUUUUUGUUUAUCCUUUGGAUCUUCUUGUUAUAACUUUAAUCUGUCUUUAG